CUUUUGCUGGGCAGGGGUGGGGGGAGGGGCCGGGCUGAGGCUGCAGCCACGGCGCUCCGGGAGGGCAGGGCCAGGCAAGGGCGGGACUGGCCCAAGGCAGGCGAUCUGGAGAGCCUUGAAGCUAACGGGUCCGGGCGCGGGAGGCGGCGGCGGCGGCGGCGGCAGCUUUCUGCACGGGCGGAGGCGGCGGCAGGAGCGGCAGGCAUGGCCCGCGCGGCGCCCAGCGCAGACUGAGCUCCCAGUCUUCCAGGCGCUCCUGUGACACGCCUUGCUGGCAGCCCCCAGCCCCAGCCCUUGAGAACCCCGUCCUGGUCCACACUUCCACGCCCCAGGGUCAUGCUGUGGCAACCUGGCGCCUGACAGGUGAGGAAGAGCCUGCCAGGGGAUUAGUGCUGGCAGGAGCCAAGGGCUGGACAGCCUCCUCACACACCGGAAGCAGGGGUGGGCAGGACAGCUGCCUUGCCAAGGCCAGCAGUCCCAGGAAGGAGUCUGCUGACCCACAUGGCUUAGACGCAGCACCUUGCUGAGCAGCAGCUGGUCCCAGCUCCAGAGGACCCCCGCCCCCGCCCCCCCAGCAGGAGUAGGUGCUCUGUGACCCCCUGGGCAAGGAUAACCAGGAGAGAGGACCGACCAGCCCGGCUGAUGGGAAGCAGCAGAACAGAAGCCGUGGAGGGAGAGGAGGGCCUUGGUUUUUACGGCAGCUUCCUGAUGCCCAUGAAGAUCAUUGGUUUUCUGUCGGGCCUGGAGGGCCUGCGAGCGUGAAGAGGACUCUUGCAUGGAAUGCAGGCCCCCUGAAGCCCGCGUCCUCGCUGCCACCGCCGCCGAGAUCAGAGUUCCAGGAUUUCCCCACUGCCGGGGAGGAGGGGCAGCCUCAGUGUCUGCUCAUGAGCCACAAGGACCCCGACUGCUCCAGACUGGACCUUUUCAAGCCGCCAAAGAGGGGAGUCCCUGGAGCUGGCCGCCAGCAGUCACAAGGGACUAGAGGGCUGGGAUGGACUGACCUCUGCCUUGACAGGGUGGCAGGAGAAGCAGAGCCUCUGUGGCCCAGCUAGUGACUGAGAGACCCGAUGAAGCCUUAAAAGGGGGGGGCGGGGCUCCAGUGGCUCAGGGACGGGGGGGAGGGAGGGGGGCUACUCCCGCAGACGUGCUUUCCCCUUCUUUUGAGGGAGGGUAUGACAAGAGUCCCCCGCCACACCUCAUGCCCCUAUGCCCUUUAUACGGGCUGCCGACGCAAGCAGGCUGCACCGUGGCUGGCCCCACAGUAGGCUGGGAAAGGAUUGGCCACGGUGACGGCUGCCCCGUGGCCAGCACGAUGAAGUGCUCCCUGCGGGUGUGGUUCCUCUCGAUGGCCUUCCUGCUGGUGUUCAUCAUGUCCCUGCUCUUCACCUACUCACACCACAGCAUGGCCACCCUGCCCUACCUGGACUCGGGGGCCCUGGGUGGCACACACCGGGUGAAGCUGGUGCCAGGCUACACGGGACUACAGCGCCUCGGCAAGGAGGGGCUUCCGGGGAAGAGCUGCGCCUGCCGUCGCUGCAUGGGCGAUGCCGGCACCUCGGACUGGUUUGACAGCCACUUUGACAGUCACAUCUCACCGGUCUGGACCAGGGAUAACAUGAAUCUCCCCCCAGAUGUCCAGAGGUGGUGGAUGAUGCUGCAACCCCAGUUCAAGUCACACAACACCAACGAGGUGCUGGAGAAGCUGUUCCGGAUCGUGCCUGGCGAGAACCCCUACCGCUUCCGGGACCCUCAGCAGUGCCGGCGCUGUGCUGUGGUGGGAAACUCAGGCAACCUCCGGGGCUCUGGCUAUGGGCAAGAUGUGGACGGACACAACUUUAUCAUGAGGAUGAAUCAGGCACCAACUGUGGGCUUUGAGAAGGAUGUUGGCAGCCGAACAACCCACCAUUUCAUGUACCCUGAGAGUGCCAAGAACCUGCCUGCCAAUGUCAGCUUCGUGUUGGUACCCUUCAAGGCCCUGGACCUCAUGUGGAUUGCCAGUGCCCUCUCUACAGGACAGAUCCGAUUCACCUACGCUCCAGUGAAAUCCUUUCUUCGGGUGGACAAAGAAAAGGUCCAGAUUUACAAUCCAGCCUUCUUCAAGUACAUCCAUGACAGGUGGACAGAGCAUCAUGGACGGUACCCUUCCACAGGGAUGCUGGUGCUCUUCUUUGCACUACAUGUGUGUGAUGAGGUGAACGUGUAUGGGUUCGGGGCUGACAGCCGAGGCAACUGGCACCACUACUGGGAGAACAACCGGUAUGCGGGCGAGUUCCGGAAGACGGGCGUGCACGACGCCGACUUCGAAGCCCACAUCAUUGACAUGCUGGCCAAGGCCAGUAAGAUCGAGGUCUACCGAGGGAACUGAGCUGCCCACGGCGACAUCAGGACCAGUCAAACCUCGGUCCGGCGAGCACAGGCUGCCGCCCACCAAUCAGACUCUGCACCAUCCCCCGCAACCAAUCAGUGUUGCCGUUGGGCGGAGCUUCUUUCUCAGCCAAUCAUGCGACUCAAGGAGAACUUCCGGCGCCGCCGUCUCCACCAAUCAUGGCCUUGGGAGGCGGCGGGGCCUCGACCCCCCUCCCCCUCCUCUGCUUUGGAUCAGAGUUUCUUUUCCACCUUUUACAAGGCCAGUGCUGGGCCUGGGCAGGAGUGCCUUGGACUGCUCAUUUCCAGCUUAGGCCCGGAUGGGAGAGUGAAGCCCGCCAAAGAAAUAUGGUCGCGGUGAGACCCUCUCCAGGGCAUUCCGUGGCUCACCAGGUAGUAGGGGAUUAGAUUCACUCCCAUCAGGGUGGACCUCCCUAGGGCUUCACUCCUUAACUAGUGUCAGCAAGGGGUAGGAAGCUCCACCGGGUCACAUGCAAGGUGCUUCUCUCACGUGUGCCCUCACUUCUGUCGUCGUCCCCCCCCCACCUUCUCAGCGUCUGACCUUUGGCCCUGGGCUUUCUCUCCAGCUCACUUGUUGAUCUGGCAGCUCACCUGUUGAUCUGGAGACAAAAUGACACGGCCGGGACCCUGCUGCUCACACACACACACACACACACACACACACACACCCCUUAUGUCUUUAGUCCUAAGGAGCACGGCCGGGACCCUGCUGCUCACACCCACACACACACCCCCCAACACACACAGACACAGACACAGACACACACACACACACACACACACACACACACACACACACACACACACACACACACACACACACACACACACACACCCCUUAUGUCUUUAGUCCUUUAGUCCUAAGGCGAGAGCAGCGCAGUGGACACCAGGCUGGAGAGGAGAGCCCAGCUGCCUGUGCAUGUACCUUUUUCUUUCAUUGUUACCCCAAAGAGGAGCAGGCAGCCUCUUGCUUGGGGGUAGGAAUUGCUUUGGGCUCAUACUUUAGUUACCCUGAAGCUGCCAGGGAUGGCUGCCCAACCAAGAUUGCUUGACAAUUCUUUGCAGGCCUUGCAGAUGGCCUGGAGCUUUGCUGGGGAGGAGCGGAUUGGUGGCUGCCAUGCAUGCCUCCUCCUGUCCACACCCUAACCUGCUUACUCGCCCGAUCUAACCCACUUCCCAGCUCCUAAAGGGCUGGUGAGUAAAGAGUCAGGGGCUACAACUGGAAGCUACUUGCAUGACUCGACCCCAAGUCAAGGUUGAGAUUCAGUGGGCUUCAGGGAAUGUCUCAGGCCAUGGAAAGUACUCCCCCUUCCCUGCAAUGUCCACAUAAAUAUUUUCCAUUCUUAAUAAGUUGACAUUACCAAGCAGCCUCCUGGUUGGGGGACAGUCACCCCCAAGGGAUAGUAUUAGAGGGUGGGGAUGAGUCAGCAAGUACCCCUCAAAACUAAUACAUGGAGAACUUUUCUUGAAUCUGUUCCUUCCCAGUUCCAAAAGCAGGGGUGGAGUAAAGGGGGCUACAGGGGUGGAGUAAAGGGGGCUACGCUGAGUGAGGCUACAGGAGAACCUCUCAGGGCGCUACCCAUCUUGCAGCUGAGGCACCAGCCGUUCUGUUCUUGCCUGUCUCAUCUCCGCUCUCUCAAGAAGCUGCUGUGAUGAGAAGCUGAAAAACAAUGCAAUUAUGCCAAACAGUAUUGAGAAGAAUAAUUUAUUUUUCUCCCCUUCCUCCCUCCCUUUCUUUUGUUCAAACCAUUAAUCCCCGUCUGGAAGAGGUAGGUCCCAGCACCCAGAUACUUUCUUCUAUAGUUAUUUAAACAUUUAAAUUUUUCCUUCCAUUUCUUUUUCUGAAUUAAAAAGAACAAACCCCAUGGA